AUGUGUCUAAAGUACCACAGCGAUGUUGGCGCAUUACUGCUUGCCUGCACUUUGCCCGGGGUGGAUCUUCUCGCAGUCAAUAUCAACUACCCAUCCACGUACUCGGCACUGGCAGUAUCGAGUGUCCUAGGACACUACGGCCAUCCACAUGUUCCUAUCGGCCUUGCGGGACCAUACAGUGAUACAACUUACCUGGACGAUUUCUAUUACGAGCACGGAGAGUAUGCCAGCAAGGUAGCGUACCACUGGCGAAACCAAUCUACUCUUCCGUGGAAGGACGUCAGCGAGACGUGGGAUCCAACUGAUCUAUAUCGCCACGUUCUGUCGCAGCAGCCUGACAAAAGUGUGACUAUCGCCAGCAUUGGGUUUCUCAACAAUCUGUCUAACCUACUUAAUUCCUCGGCCGAUGAAUACUCGCCUCUUUCCGGUCCAGAGCUUGUCGCUGCAAAAGUCGGUGAACUGGUGAUUAUGGGCGGAGGAUACCCUUCCGGUCAUGAGUUCAACUUUUGGGGCUACGACCCAGCGGCCACCAGGCAUGUGGUCAACACAUGGCCCGGGGUGAUGGUGUUCUCAGGGGCUGAGCUGGGAGAGAAUGUGUACUCGGGAGCGCGUUUUAUGGUGGAAGCACCCUCUGAUGACCCAACUGCAGCAGCUUACACGUGGUAUAAUGGAUACAACAACUCUCGCUACUCCUGGGACCCGCUCACUGUGCUCUAUGCUGUAGAAGGAAAAGGUGGGAUCUUCAAAUUUGGCAAUGAUGGCGGAUAUAACUAUGUCUAUCCUAACGGGACCAACGUGUGGCGGAAUAGCACGGGUCCAUAUCCCCAGCACUAUCUUCGACUCGCAGUGUCCAAUACCACAGCAGGCAAAAGACUCGAUGAACUAUAUCUGCGAGGAGCUGUUAUGUUUUCAGCAUCCAACACCGGAAGAUGCAAGAAUGCUUCUCUCGGUCUUUCGGCAAAGGAUGAUAGCCCCGCGUUCCCCGCAUGGACGUUUAGCGACGCCUGA